AUGUAUUUCUUUCAGGGCAUUAAAAUAACAUCAACGAAGACGAUCGUACCAUAUGAGUAUUAUUCAUUACCAUUUUGUCGACCGAAAGGCGAAAUUCAUUACAAUUCAGAAAAUCUUGGAGAAGUUAUGCGAGGUGAUCGAAUCGUCAAUACACCAUUUAAUAUUUUUAUGAAGCAAGACAUCAAAUGUGCUACAGCUUGCGUUAGUGAAGGAGAAACAGUAAAUGUUAAUGAAGAAGAAUCUGUAAAUCUUUUAAGGAGAAUUUGGGAAGAAUAUCAUGUUCAUCUUCUUGUGGAUAAUCUUCCAUGUGCAACAAAAUACGAAGUGGAAGGCUUAACUGAGCCAGUUUAUGAACAUGGAUAUCGUUUAGGAUGGGUCAAAGAUGGACAUUAUUAUUUAAAUAACCACUUAGAUAUUGAACUUAAAUAUCAUCAGCCGGCUGCGGAUUUAUAUCGAGUUGUUGGAUUUGAAGUAGUACCAAGAAGCAUCGAUUAUAGUCGCUUGAAUUUUAAUAAAGAAAAUGGAGAAUGUGAGAUUAGUCCAAGUGGUCUGAAUCAAGAAUUGAAGAAGGAGGGAAAUAAAAUAACAUGGACAUAUUCAGUACGAUGGACUGAAAGCAACGUGCCAUGGGCAAGUAGAUGGGACAUAUAUUUAUCGAUGAGAGAUGUUCAGAUUCACUGGUUCUCUAUUUUGAAUUCCGUCAUUGUUAUCAUUUGUCUGUCAGGUUUUUUAAGUGUAAUUAUCGUACGGACCGUACGUCGAGAUAUUGCUCAAUAUAAUAAGGAUGAAGACUUGGUAGAUGAUACUUUGGAAGAGUCUGGUUGGAAAUUAGUGCAUGGAGAUGUUUUUCGUGCUCCACCUAAUUCAAUGUUAUUGGUCAAUUUUGUUGGAACCGGAAUUCAGCUUAUUGGCAUGGUUGCAAUCACCGUAUUUUUUGCAAUGUUAGGCAUGUUAUCGCCAGCUAGUCGCGGUUCUCUAAUGUCUGCUGCAAUUUUUCUUUAUUGUUUUAUGGGACUUAUCGCUGGUUAUUAUGCGGGACGUCUUUACCGCACCAUUAAAGGCGCUAAUCCGAAGCGAUGUGCUUUUUGGACAGCUAUGUUGUUUCCCUCGAUUAUUCUUGGUGUUGGAUUUCUUUUGAAUUUCUUUUUAAUUGGCAAGCGUUCUUCUGGUGCUAUUCCUUUCACAACUAUGAUUGCACUUCUUUGUCUUUGGUUUGGUGUUGAUUUACCCCUUGUAUUUCUUGGAUUUCAUUUUGGAUAUCGCAAGCAGCCGUAUUCGCAUCCAGUGCGAACAAAUCAGAUUCCUCGCCAGGUGCCCGACCAGCCAUGGUAUUUGCAUACAUUACCAUGUAUGCUUCUUGCUGGUAUUCUACCAUUUGGCGCCGUUUUCAUUGAACUUUUCUUCGUUUUUUCGGCGAUAUGGGAGAAUCAUUUUUAUUAUUUGUUUGGAUUUUUAUUUAUUGUUUGCGUCAUUUUAUUCGUUUCUUGCGCCCAAAUAUCAAUUGUAGUCGCAUAUUUUUUACUUUGUGCAGAGAAUUACCAUUGGUGGUGGAAAUCUUUUGUAAUCAGUGGUGGUUCAGCAAUUUAUGUAAUGGGGUAUUCGAUUUUCUACUUCUUCUCUAAGCUCAACAUCGUUGGAUUUAUCCCUACGUUGCUAUAUUUUAGCUAUAGUUUUCUGAUUGCGCUUACAUUUUCGAUACUAACAGGAACGAUUGGUUUCUAUGCUGCAUAUUCAUUUAUUUGUAGAAUAUAUGGAGCAGUUAAAAUUGAUUAA